AUGGCGGCCCCCCGCACCACCGCCGCCGUCGCACGCGAGAGCGUGUCGGUCACGACACGAGAAGUCUACGACAACAUGCGCCUUGAUUUCCAGCUCCUCGAGCGGCGCCAGGCCGCCAUCCGCGAGAUGGAGGAUUCGCUCUCUGAGCGAACGUACGAUCUCAUCACUGCCGAACAGGCAGUACUGCGGAGAGAAGAGGCGGUGGCUCGCAGAGAGCAGGCUCUUGAAUCAGAGCCAGAAGAGUUCAGAACGCCUGUCACAAGCUCGCGGAGAAGCACCUUGUCCGACUCUGAGAGAUACAUUGAAAUCUGGCACACCCCAACGACGGGUGAAUACACGCCGUCACCCACUUUCAGCGACUCUCCCGGMCCAACACGCGGCCCAAAAAUCAAGCUUGAGAGACGCGAAGCCACUGAGAUGGAGACACAAGCGCGUGAACAAGCGCUGGCUGAUGCCCAGAACGAGCACAAUGCCCGUCGGAACGUCGCAAACAGUGGCGCUGUCUUUCGGCCAGCCCCACCGUUCACGAGAUCACCAAACAGCUACUCAAGCGUCAAGAUCUCAUCCGGCAGCCCGUCGCUCAAAGUCAUCAACCGCGGCAGCGGAACCUCCAGGGAGAGGAGCAGGGAAGCAUCCAGUCGCCAGCGAGCAGAUGACAGAUCACCCAACUCGUAUCCCAUCUUCUUGGAUCAACCUCUCGGUAGCAUCAUCGGCCACGCUGAUACCCCACCACGUCCUGCAAGAUCGCCGAGACCACGAUUCGCCUACGUCGAAGACGAGAAUUCAGUGCCAACGCCAACCCAGGAUUCCUUCAACAUAGUGGAGCGUGGACGCUCAAUGUCCCAAAGUGGAGCGAGCGCUUCCGCGGGCAGCAUCUAUGGCGAUGCAUCUGCACAGUGGGAUCACGAGGGCUGA